AUCACAUCCAGCAUGCGCCCCCCCCCCCCGUCUCGUGGGUCCGCGCGGGGCGACCUGUUGCGCAGGUCGGAUUAAAGGCUGCUGUUGUUGCGCCGCUGCAGCGGGACGGCGACCUGGCUGUUGGUGUUACUCCAUCACAGGGACGCGUGCACUUAGGGAUAUUCACUUCUUCUUCUUCUUCUUCUUCUUCUUUUUUGUUCUCUGUAAAUGAUGAAGUGACGUUUUCUGAAGGGGGGGGCUAUUUUGUGAGCAUUAUAUCUGAUGCCAUACAGCUGAAAAACUGGACACGGGACUUACAAACCCAAACGCGGGAGCGGCGGUGAUGUGACGUGACGUGACGUGACGUGACACCCCCCCCCCAAAAUCCGUGGCAGUCUCGUCCACUUUGAUCCAGUUUCCGUCUGCCGUUUUACGAGACGCCGUCGUCUCUUAACAUGACCCCCGAGAGACGGGCAUGCAAGCCGUAAAGCGGACGGAGGGGUCCCGCCUCAGUCUCUUCUACCUCACCUUGCUCCUGUGGACCACACGGAUGAACGGACUGGCCGACUUCUCAAACUACUUGUACAGGAUCAUCAGCAGCCACUCCGCCCUGGCGUGUGACGGACAGCGGCUGCGCCUGCACUGCCCGCGCCACGCCACCAUCCACGUCCAGUCCGCCUUCUACGGAGCGCGGAACCGCAGCUGCUCAGCCUGCACCGCCCUGCAGAAGCUUCUGUCGGAGUGUCAGGGCCACAGAGACUGCCAGCUAUCUGUCAACCACCUGCUGUUUGGGAAGGACCCCUGUCCCGGGACGCCCAAAUACCUCCAUGUGGAUUACAAGUGUAAACCCACCGAACACAGGACACGUGUGGUCUGUGAGGGGGAGAUGCUGCUGCUGCGCUGCAAGCCCCCCAGGCUGCUGAACAUCUACGCAGCUGUCUACGGGAGAGGCCUGGACCAGACGGACGUCUGCCCCGCACCCCACACCAGACCACCCCCAUUUGAGUGUCUCAACCACAAGGCCGUGCACGUGGUGUCACAGUCCUGCUACAGCAAACAGAGGUGUGUUGUCGCCGUUGGCAACCAGACCUUCAGGGACCCCUGCUUCCCAGGAACCAGGAAGUACCUGACUGUGCUCUACGCUUGUGUACCACAGACCCUCUUCAGAGAGGCGGACCCGGACAUACUCAGGCCGUCCCCAUCCCCCGAAGUAGAAGCAGAGAAAGUUCCUCCUGAGGAUGUCAUGUGGCCAUUUCCCAAAGGCUCCAGAGUGCCAGACCCCCCAGGAACAAUUCUGAGCACCUCGCUCAUGAUAUUUGGCUAUAUCGAAGAGCAUCCAGUGACGGCAGCGCUGCUGUUCACCUCCGGUGUGUGCAUUGGUUUGCUGCUCAUCCUGUUGGCUGUGUCUGUCCAAGUGACCUGCAGGGGGCGUCCGCUCAGAGGCCGAGGACCCACAGCAGGGUCUGCCAGCCGGACUAACAGCCACGAGGAAGAGGAUGAUGAUGAGGAUGAUGGUAAUGAAGAGGGAACAGACAGCUCUCUACUCUCAGCCACGGACAGGAAGUCAUUGUACUGCUGGGAGGAAAAGACCUGUAUGACUGAGGCUGCGGAGCGGGCAGAGAGGAUUGAGCGCAGAGAGAUGGUCAUACAGGAGAUCUGGAUGAACUCCUAUCUAAACGGCACCUCCUGCAGCCUAAACUGACCUGU